GAGACUUACCGCCUCCGCGCAAAGGCCCCGCCACGAGCGACGAGGAAGCCCUUCUGGCAGUGCCCACUGCCGCGCGUGUCCGCCAGCCAGAGCUCAGGACGGCAGGCGAGCGUGCAGCAGAUCUCGCCGAGGCGAUCCUCGACAGGUCCGCCCCGUGGAUUGCGGCGAAGUCCCCAAACGUAGGAACUGGGCCGGAGCCGAGGCAAGGGAUCCAACUCCGCCAAACCGAGACUCGCCCGCGACUGCGCAGCUGCCUCACACGUGUGAGCAUCCAUGCCAAAGCGAGCAGCCGCAGGUAUCUCGAGAUGGUGAACGCGCACCCCCGCGACGACUGGCUCGUCUUCGAUUCGGCCUCCCACACUUACUUCCUGGAGGGGCGAGCGCUUAGCGGAUCUGUCACGUACUUGGCUUCCUCGCUGUCCGAGGAUUUCGAUGGGCGCGCCGCGAUCCAGGCCAUGCGCAACGGCCGUAGCCAAGCAUGGCCCCGAGUGCGAUACACCCUCGGAGCCAAGCCGGUGGAUCUGUGCUCCCUGAGGCCGGGUCCAUUUGGGCUGCUACUGGGGGAAAGGGCUUCACAGCGAACCCGCGCGGCGAUGCCUUCUGAGCAGGUCGCGGCGCUGUUUCUCCAGUGCGGUGCGGACAUUGCACGCUGGCAGCUGGCUCUCCAGGAGGAGCUUCUGAACCGGGCGUGCAUGACCUUCGGCCCUGGUCCACCUAUGACCAUAGGGCCUGAUCAGCAGCUCUGGACCUACGAGAGGGAGCUGUCAGAGGAGGAGAUUCUUCAGCAGUGGCAGCUCUGUGGUCGUGACGCAGCCGACCGCGGAACUGAAGCCCAUUACCAGAUAGAGCUCUGGCUCAAUCGGGACGGCUGCCGUCUAGAGGAGAUUGAAGUCCAACAUUCGCUGCAGUUCAUGGCCCUGCUUGCGCAGUCAGGUGCCAAGGCAUUUCGGACGGAGUGGCGCAUCUUCGGCGAGGAGGAAGAUUUGGCAGGAUCCAUCGACUUCGCCGCGCGCCUCCCGCACGGUGGGCUGGUUCUGGUCGACUGGAAGCGCUCGGACAAGCUGGAGAAGGGACUGCGAAAUGCAUUCCGCCGCAUGGCUGCUCCCUUCGAACACCUCCAUGACUGCAAGGGAGCCGUCUACUCUUUGCAGUUGAACCUCUACCGCUGGAUCCUGGAGAAGUACUAUGGGGAGAAGAUCAGCAGCAUGAUUCUGGUUUCCGUGCACCCGGAUGCCCCCUUUGCCACAGCUGUGCCCGACCUACAUCUCGAG